GUGCGAUGUCAGAUGACGAAGACUUUAGUCUUAGAAUCAGUUAGGCAUUGCUGCUUCGAGUAGAAGGAGGAAAAAAGGCGCAGACGUCGACCUCGACGACACUCCAGAUCCAAAUUAUCUUCAGUAAAAAUGGUUGGUCUCGCACAGAAUCUCUACGACGCCGUUCAUUGGGGGACGUAUAAACUCUUCGCUCCAGAGAUCGCGGCGUAUGAAUGGGUAAGUAGAAAUGUCGUCUCUACAAUUACGUUGCUUUCACUUUCUUUCAUCGCAAUACAGUGCUGCUUUUCCGACGUCCGUUAACUUGUUGAUUCUCAAAGCGCCACUUUGUUCUUGAUUGGAAAGUAGUGAAACUGAAGUAGUUGAAUACUUGUGCUACCCCAGGUAAAAGGGAAGUUCGUCGGGGCCCCGGCCGCUGCGAAGGAUGCAGCUGUUGUGGAUUACCACAACCUGGGCGACGGUGAGUACCGAUUUGUGGAGUACUACGCCCAAGCCUGCCCCCAUUGUACGGAUCUCGCCCCAAAGUGGAAGGCGGCCACCGAGGCGUGGAACGAGAUCGCGAUGCAAAACCCGAAGGUACACCUCGUACACGAGCAGAAGCAGUGCCUUGACGAGUCGUGGAAAGCCGGUAUGCUAUCUCAAUCUCUACAGCAAUUUUUGUUCCAUGUGCCUCAUGGUUGAAGCCUUUCUUUCAUUUUCGUCGCUACGCAAAAAUACAAGAGUAGUGAUCAUCAUCGGUUGUGUUUCAUCUGUGCUUCUCAAAAUACUGCAUCGACGACGACGAUUUGAUGGGGAUAUCCAAAUUAUCCCAAAAUAAACUGCCAAAUCAGGAUCGGACAAUGACGCCUGCAACAAGGAGCAGGUCCACGCGUUUCCGACGCUGCGCUUGUUCGGCCCCAAUGGUUCCGCAACGGACUUUGACGGCCCCCGUACCGUCGACCAACUCACGACCUUUGCGAAGCAGCACACCGGAAUCGAACCGAUGCCCGAAGCGGACCAGGCGGCCGCGGCUGGUAUGAGGUGUGUUGUCAGAUCGAAAUUUUGUUGUUGCGCCUGCACAUGCGCUAAGACUUGAUUGCACUUGUACCAGAGACCUCGCAGCUUUCCUCGUGAAGCCAGGGUCAUAAGUACUACUAGUAGCUGAGAGCUAAAUUCGACAAGGAAAUAGUCAAGGACAUUACAGGUGCCGCCAUUCCGGUGGAGCACGCGACGCCGACCCAGGAUCAGAUCGUGGAAUACUUCGCGUCUGGCUGUCCGCAUUGCGUCAAGUUGAAGCCGAUCUGGGACGAGGCGAGCGGAAAGUGGGCCGAGAACCACCCGGAAAUGAAGGAUGACAUCAAAUGGGUGGAGAAGGAGUGCCUGAAUGACAAGUGGCAACCGGCUGGGGUACUGAAAGACUUUUUGGCGGGCAUCCACCUUGGCUGCAUCUUUUGGCUUCAGAAUUUCAGCUUUCUUGAUUCACGUUCGCAUGAUCAAGUAUGUAAACUAAAGUGAAUGUGACAGAAGAUGAUGCAGCAUAAGCAAAAUGCGAUGAUGAAACUCAUCAGGACUUCCAAGAUUGUGUGCGCGAGGACGUGCAGGGUUUUCCGACCAUCCGGUUUGAGGGGAAGAACGGAACCGUGCAUGAGUUCGAAGGCGAUCGCACCCCAGAGGAUUUGCAGAAGUUCGCCGCCACGGAGUUGGAAAACGCAAAGGCGAAUCCCGUGGAGGAACACCAGGCGGACAGUGGUGCUGCGAACGCGCCCGCGCAGGACGAGCCGGGUAUACAUCGAAUCGAAAUUUGGAAUUUAUUCAGAUCGGUGUUCGUGUUCAUGCAUCGAUUCAUCUCCAAGAAGAUUAAGCUAGGUAUGAGGAGUGUUGAGUGCGAAAACGAAUGAAGUGAUCCUCCCUUACACUACCAUGUCCGUCGUCUAGCAAAGCUGUAACUAAACUCGAGGAAAAUCAGAAUUGUUUUCUAGUGCAUGGUGACAACAAAGUAGAUGCUGUACGCCACUCAACAGCUACGGGUACGGUCGAACCGGAGCACAAAAUGGACGCUGAAAAGCCGGAUGAGGACGAGCAGUACGAGGUGCAGGAAGUGGACGAUGUCAAGGCCGCCAGCAUGGGACCCCUGCUGACGCUGGCUGCCGUUGCCACCGCGGCCGAGAAGCGGCGGCUCGCGGCCGCCGCUCCCGGUACCCACGCGACCGGAAGCGUCAUCGCGUUUUUGUAAAAAGCAGGAGGCUUCUGUCGAUCAGGUGGUGCACGGUGGUGCUUGGACUCAGCAAUAUCAUGCGCAAAAGCAAAACCACUCGUCCCACUGAAGGAACUACUUUAACAUUAUUGACUUGACUAGAGUAAACUAAAUCUAAUGAUACGCUAAAAGCAACAAAAACGAAGCGAUAUUUCAUCGCUUCAACGAGUUUGAAGAAAACACUAUCGAGACGGCGGUUGAAGCUUCCAUGCAGAAAGAGCAAAAUAAUAUGCAGACAUCAUUUGCACAAGAGCGCUCAAACGUAAUGAGAUGGUGCGUUUUCUUUGAGCUGACAACUGUAUAAAUGGCGUAGAAGCUUAAUGUGCGCGAGAUAGUACAAGACUUUCUGGUGGCACAGGAAAACGUCAUACGAUAUGGUCAACCCGUUAAUUGCACAGAACUUCUUCUCCGUUUCUUUUUUCACGUUCGUCGAGUCCACUUGCGCUGUGAACGUUUCCCAGAAAAACUAAAACAAGAAGGACCGCUGACUUUGAUAUUAAAGAUUAAGGUGCUCGUGCUGUCACACCUUGACGACGACUAGAGCUUUUGUAUUAUAAUACUUUAAUUUUUGGAGCUUUAUGUUUUUUUGCGAGGUCGGACUUUUUGCCUUGAUGCAGAUCUUCCGUUCGUUCUUUGUUUUGCUAGCCUAGCUAGAAUUUGCAAUAGUGAACUUCGGGGUGCGGUGUCACGGCUUCCUAGAAGUGAGUCUUCUCUUUCGUUUCGGUUUCCGAGCUUUGUUUACUUCUUUGCUAGAGUACCGGUACUGCUAAAACUAUCAACUUUAGAACUCUGGACAAAACUUUGGGUUUUUGCCUGAUUCCAAAACGAACUAAAUACGAAUACCUGCUUUCGAUGUUUACGUUUCGCAAGAAGUAGAAAUCGUAUACGCUACAUUCUACUCGCCCGAGGAGCGAGCUUUUGUUUAUCUCUUUCCAUCGUGAAGAAACUUCCUUGAACUUGCACUUGUGCACAGAGAACAAAUUUACGUUGAUAGAAGUUCAGGCUAUCUUCACUCGGUCGGCGCUAGGACGAAGAUUAAGUUUAAGAGCAGCAGGUAGACGAUGAACAUAAAUGUCGCUUGAUGUAUGAGCAAGAUGCAGCAGUGCUGUGUUAGUCGUGUUCGCAAUGACACCGAGUGACGUACCAGAUGUUGAUUUGCAAUUGCCGUAACCUGAUCUAUUUUUCCAGCCAGAUUAGUACCACGUAAUUCAGGUUUCGAGGCUUAGCAAGGUCUGAUUCUUGUUUCAUGAACUACGUCGAGAAAGCGAGACUACAAUGACGAAAAUAGACGAGCAGAACAAGCU